AUGGGAGCUGGGAAUACUGAUGACAAUGCUACUAAAAGAGGUUGCAGAAAAGUUAAAACUGCAAAGGCUAUAAAAUGCUUUUUCUCACUUCCUGAACCAGACAAUCUACUAUUCUGUUGUGAUGGUGCUUCAAGAGGGAACCCUGGGAAUGCUGGGUAUGGGUUUAUUGUCAGAGAUAACAGUGGAAGCUUCAUAACAGCUGAAUGUGGUGGUUUGGGAAUUUCUACAAACUUUAUUGCUGAGAUUAUGGGGGCCUUGUGUGCUAUGGAAUGGGAUGUGUUAAAUCAAAAGGAGAAGAUUAUUAUUAACUCUGAUUCCACUGCUGCUAUUUCAGCUUUCAUGAAGAAUAAAUUACCUUGGUUUGUAUGGAACAGAUGGAAGUUUGUUAGUGCAAAACUAAGACAUAUUCACUUUAACCAUGUCUACAGGGAAGUGAACUUUUCAGCAGAUUUUUUUGCUAAAAAAGGUGUUCAUCUUCCAAAGGGACAGGUGAUGAAGUUCUCAGCUAGACCUUCCAAUAUGCUCAGGAUGGAAUGGCCAGAGUCUACUUACUACAGAUUUGAAUGA